GUUUUGCAUGUGCCUGCACAGCACCGCGUUGUGGGCCUCAAAACUGUCGGAAUAAACUCAAAGAAAGUGGAAGGGAUGUCUUAGCGUUUCGGGCUCCUCGCCCCAGACGCAGAAGUCUCUUCCUUCUCUCGAAACUCCACGCCUAUAGUCCUCCUGAAAGAAAAUGGCACUUCACAACUCGCAAGGCGCUCAACAGCGCCCGCCAACACAGCAACGAAUCGAUCCCGCGCACCCUUGUCUCUACGCUGCCUCUUCUUCCUCUUCUCCUUCUCCCUCGUUUUCUUCUUCUUCUUCCGUUUCCUCUUUCUGUUCUCCCCAUCACUCUUCCCCUUCUGAGUCGUCUGUUGCGCCUCGUUGUGGCUGCAAAGGUAUUCGUCGUUGUCUGCUUUGUUCCCCUUCUUCGCCGUCUGCGCCAGGCUUCUCCGCGGGAGCGAGCUCCUUUUUUCCGCGCGGCGAGGCCGAGUCUCUCGUGGGGAAGGCGAGAGACUCUGAAGCCGCGCUGCUGGUCGGGGAUGCGUCCGGCGACCCUGCGCUUCUCUCAGUUUCUAGAGUUUUUUUUUCUUCACCCUCUCUACACACUGAAGGCGAAAGGGAGCCGCCACAUUCUCCCCCAGCAGUCACAGUGCCUGACGCGCGACACCGCGCAGACAGGCCGCCUCCUCCCUUUUCGCGGUGUCGAUGUACAUGCAGUGGAACGCCUGGAGGAAGCCUGCAAGGAGAGUCGCUUCUGAGUUCGAUUGACGCGGCAGAAUCCAAACUCCCGGCGUCCACGAGAACCCAGGGAGAUGUCGACGGCAGACGCGACCUCGAGAGUUCCGAAAGAAGAAGAGUGACAGAACUUGCUGAGGCCGAGCAACGCGGGGAGAGAAGUCAGACGGGCGAACGCGAGAGGAAACGCGAAGCGAAGGCUUCACAGGCCGGAGAAGCGAAGCCGUUCAGAGCCGCCCACUCCACCGAGGUGAAGAAGACAGACCAAUCGCGCCUCCACUCAGAGAGAGACUAUCUGUCCCUCUACCUCCUGUGGUGCCCUCAGUGCAGAGAAUUGCACAGACAAGUCAGAGAGCCCGAGGAGCUCGACGUUCUCGAAGAAGAGGAGCGUGGAGACGAAGAGAAGAAGAGUGGAGACAAGAGGGAAACGGAAAAGAGUGGUGAACGGAGAGAAGAAGCGAAGGAAGACGCAGCGGCAACGGACGAGUUCCGGAGACUCGGGGGAGAGGAAGCAAGAGGGGAAGAAGGGAGAGAAGCCCCCCAGGCUGAAACGUGUUGCUUUCUCCGCACUGGCGUCUGUGAGCGAAUCGAAGAACCGAACGGAAACAGACGGCACUCACAAGAGUUCUCGAACGGGGAGGCGUUUGCGCGGAAGGAUCGACAGGCUUCGUCUGCCGCUUCGCUGUCUCACCCAAUCCUCACCACGAAAGACAUUGCGCGAGCUGUGGCGCGACUUCUCCAGGUCCGUGCACCCACAGAAGGCGCCUGGGCGGCUGCGGGCAGUUGCGAAGGAGAGAGAAAGGCAGGGCGAGGCGAAGGCAGACGAAGCGAUGGGGACUCGAAGACACCCAGAGAAGACGCGAGAGUCGGAGACCGCGAAGAAGGAGACAGGGGAGAGACGGGCGGAGAAGCAGAGACAGAAGAGAGCUCGCCGCACAGAGGACGUGGAUGGCGUGACGAAGUUGAACUCCAGGCACUGGAGCCUGCGACGACAAGGCGAGAUCGUGCUUUGCGCGCUCCUGUGCCUCCAGUGUCGGAGGGGAAGCCCGGGCUGUCGAGCGACCUUGAAGAAGCGCUGCUUCCUCUCCUUGGGUUGUCGGAAGCUCACAGCGACACCGAAGCCUGCGAGGAAGGAGGAGAGAAACGCGAGGCGGAAGUGGUAAUGCGAAAGAGAGAUUCCAGCCAGUUUGCCAUGCGAAGACGCGACGGCCUCGUCGAGUCUCCCUUCGGAGUGUAUCUUCUCCCCGACGCUCUGGAGCGCCAGGAGGAGGCGGCGAUCCUCGCCUGGGCAGACGGCAAUAUGGAGACAGGCGCUCAGAGCCGCGAGGCAACCCACAAGCCGCAGCCGCGAGGAGACACCCGAGAGUAUGGAGGUGACGCGAAGACAGAGCCACGCGCGGGCCUCUGGGUCCUGUCUCAAUCGGGGAGACGAAAAAUCGACUUCGGUCCCCAAGUAAACUUUAAGAAGAAACGCCUGAAACCUGGACGCUUCAAUGGAUUCCCUCCCUUCGCAAAAGCGCUUCUCUCUCAACCAGAAAACGCCUCCUCCGCACCUCCCUCGUGUUCGGAUUCCUUUCUUCCUUCGCCGGCGGAUCCCUCUUCUCCGACGGUUUCUUCCCCUCCCAGUGUCUCUUCUUCUUCCGGCGUUUCUUCGUCUCCAGAUGCUUUUUCGCCUCGCGUGGCUUGUAUUACGGAGUCUCCACGGGGCGCCGCUUCGGAUGUACGUACAUCCGGGGGCACAGGAAAACGAGGCGUCGAUCGCUUGACGCCUCCAGCGUUCCGCGCAGAGCUGCUCGCGAACUUCCAGCCGGUGGAGCUUUGCCUGCUGGAGUAUGUGCCGGAUCGCGGCUCGCAUAUCGAGGAGCACUUUGACGAUUUCUGGCUGUGGGGGCCUCGUCUUGUGACAUUCAAUCUCGCUUCCUCGACGAUUCUCUCCUUCGUCAGUCCGGUCUUCUGCGUCUCUCGCGAGCUCUUCGAGGUCGCCCGCGCCCAGAGGCUCUUCCGCAGUCACCAGUCGCCACUUUCGCCGUCGCCGGUUUUCUCAUCCGAGGCUCCAGAGACUCCACCUCUUUCUCCAGCCUCUUCCUGUUCGCCAUCUCUUUCAUCGAAAGCUGUCUCUUCGUCUGCGGUUGCUUCUUCAUCUGGCUCUUCGUCUGCUUCGUGUUCUUCCGCUGCCCCUUCGGACUCUUGCUCGCUUCCUUCUCCGGGUUUGGCGUCUGGGGAGUUCGGUCGCGUUCGCGUGGAAAUCCGCGUUUUGCUUCCGCGGCGAAGUUUGGUCGUCUUCGAAGGCCACUGUAGAUACACCUGGACGCAUGCAGUUCGCUCACACCAUAUCUUCUCGCGGCGCGUGGCAGUGACCCUGCGCGAGCUCGCUCCGGAGUUCCUUCCAGGUGGGGAGAACGAAGAAGUAGGCCAGAAGCUUCUUUCUCUGUCGGCUUUCUUCAAUGGCUCUCCCGUGAAUGCUCGCGAAGAAGCCAGGAAGGCGGAGGAGCUUGCGUCCAGAAAAACAGACACAGAGGAGACAGCUUGGAAACGCCCUCCACUCGUUUCUGCUUGACGAGGAACUGAAAGAGAGAAAAGGGAACGAAAAUCCGGAAAAGGAAGAAAUGGGGACCACACGGAAAGUGGAACAAGGAAACACACCAGAGGAGAAGGGAGGAAAUGACUGGGAGGAACCUGUGUCGAGGAACAACUGACAGAGGAAUGGCGAAAAGUCAAUAAAAGAAAGAAGCGAACGAGUGAAAAAAACAUGCGGACGACAGCAGAGAAGUCAUUCCAGACAGCUCCUCUACUGCAUAUAAAAAGAAAGUCCGGGAAAACAGGCAUAUCGCGGAAAUGUCUGUAAAUACCUCUAUCAAUAUCUUCAUCAUACAUAUCUGUCUGUAUCCGUCUGUCUCUGUCUAUACAUGUAUAUGUUCGUAACGAAUGCGGACAGAUUACAGGGAUUGACGUUUUGUUGUCUGCUGGUGCUGCGUUGUACAAAGAACUGUCCAAUUCGUUGUGUGCAUUUGCGCUGUGGUCUUGACAACUUCAGGGUCGUCUAAAUACCUACACUGUCGAGCCACACUGUUCCGUCUGUGCUGUGCAUGCAUGUGAGCAAGAGGUGCGGUUGCUUUCGAAAGGUUGUGUACAGCGUGUGUCUCAGUCCUUCGCCUCGUACGUAGUCUCGCGCGAUUGAGUUCACGUGAGAAGAGGAGUGCAUUUUCACUGGAAGUACCAGCAUUUGAAAGCUUCCGGGAAAUGUGUGCGUGGCGCGUAGACUGUGUGUUGGCUACCUCGGC